CCAACAGUCACACCUCUGUUCCACCCAUUAGGAAGGAAGUUGAACUGUCACAGUGUCUGCAACUGGGCAAGGAAAGGAGAAGUGGUUUGGGAGUUUGCUUAUCAAGAAGUUUGUGGCAUGCAUAUAUUAGAGAAAACAUUCGCGGGAAGGGAAGUACGUAGAUUUCACUGAUAGUGUUAUAAAGAAGCAACGGAAACGCAAGUUCUUGUUUUCUAUUUGCUAGUCAAGGUAGUGAACAAAGAAGAGAGAAUGCAAGCCCAUGAGGAUGGGCAACCAGCUGCAAUGGCACUUAACAGUAGGAGCCCUCUUCCUUUUAACAGGUUUUACAUCUGCUCUGGUAGGCCCUAAAAAAGUUAUUGGGUUUAUUGGCAGGUCACUGUCUCUGGUGUGUAAAUAUGAAAAAGGAUAUAACAACUACAUAAAAUAUUGGUGCAAAGGAGCUGAGUGGGGUUCAUGUAAGACUGUUGUUGAAACUGAUGGAUCAGAAGCAGUGGUGAAGAAGGGCAGAACCAUCAUCAAGGACAACCAUAUAAAUUUUGAAUUCACAGUCACCCUAGAGGACCUCACAGAGAAAGAUGCUGGGAAAUACUGGUGCGUUAUAGAAAGAACUGGACCUGACAUUGGAUUCCGUGUAACUAUUGAAGUUCUUCCAGCACCUACUACCGUACCUAUAAUUACGACCAUACCUGUAAUUACGACAGAAUCAAAUUUCCCUACCAUAACAACAGAAGAGCCUAUGGGCCCUGAUUUCCCUGAGAACUUGACAAUCCUGCUACCUGUUGUGUUUUUAGUAUUGGUGGUCAUCUUAAUAGGAGCACUACUGCUAAUGUGGCAGAUAAAGAAGAAAAAAGCUGCCAAAGAAUGCAAGGAUGUUCCACUGCCUAUGUCUCCGAGACAGGAAGAAGGGAACCCUUCAAGUGCAGCUGUGAAGCCAAAACUUAAUCACAAAGCAGCACCUUCUGAAGUCAACCAAGCCAUGAACUACCACCCAGGAGAAGUGGAAUACACAUCUGUCACAAGAAGAACACCAACUGCUGAUACUGCUUCUCUGCCACAGGCUCAUACCAACACAGAAAACAUUGCUUAUGCCAGCUUAAGUUUUUUUAACCCAAAUGAGCAAGCCAUUUAUGCCAAUGUAAAUUAAAUGUUCCACACAAUCCUGACUACAAGACAGUGCUGUGAAAUGAAGAAGAAUGAGAUGGAAACUCAUCUAUGGGACACUUCUCUUCUUCUUUGUGGAAUGGGACGUAUAUUGUUCCAGACACUUGUCAACCAGGAAAUGUAUAUUUGUAAGAGGAAAUACCAUUGCCAUG